ACGUGCUGGCAAUAUUGCAUUUCGUUGUGGUACAAGGCGAAAUAAUACCGAUUACAUUAUGGCUGGUAAAAGUAAAUUUAUGAAAUUGUUCUAUGGCUUAAAUAAUACAAAUUAUCAGGAGAUCAUGUACAGAGAUUUUAAAACUCGCGUGUUAGCUCCAACAGCAGUAAAGGAUUUCAUAUGUAAGAAUGAGUCGUUUUCUGUUUCUGGCAAUAUCAGCAAAGGAGAAGGGGGUGAUUUUGUCUUAGAGGCAUACAAUCGUAGGGCAAAGAGAUGGCUACCUCCAGGCAUUCCAAAGCAACAUCACUGGGUCAAUGUUUGCAGAAAUUUGAAUUUGCUAGAAAAGAUAAGAGAAAACACAUUUAAAGAGAUGUGCAUGCCAGAAGAGUUAGAUACUCUGUACCAUCGAGAUUUUUCCACGGAAAUCUUUGAAUGGAGGGUGAAAAUGAGAAGCCUUAGAUAUUUAAGCAAUGCAAGAGAAGAAUAUAGUGACCACACAUCAGUUUCUGGCGAAAGACUGGAUGUGGGUUUAAUCAGAUUUGAAAGAACCUGUGAAGAAAAUUUAAAUGCAUACCUGGCAUCCAUUGAAAGAGGAAUGGUGCCUGGUAAGGGGUUGUCUUUAACGCCAGUAUUUACAACACCCCUUGAUCGUACAAAGUUUCAUGCUAUUGAAAAAAAGACCAAACAACAGAUAACGAGCAUUAUAGAGGAAGGCAUCAGUGACAUUCACAAACAUGGCAACACUGACGAGGCGUUUGUUUUAGAGACUCAGUGGCAAAAAAUAAGAGGGAAAACUAAAAAUGAAAUGCUGAUGUUUUAUAAGGAAGUGGUAGUUGCUUUAGAGAAUGCUACAGCUGUUGAAAGUGACACAGAGGAUGAAGACGAAUGUACGGAGGACGAGUAACAGAAAUAAUUAUGUGAAUAUGUUUAUGGUAAUUCUUAACUAUUACAAUUAUCAUUAUUAAAAAAAACUCACCAUAGUGCAC